CCAGUCCGAGUCAGUGUCAUUCAGAGAGGCGGACUGCUGAGUGCUGGGCGCGGACGCACGGCUGCAGUCCUGCUCGGGCGCUGGUGCCUGCGCUCGCGCCGCCGGGUGGGAAGGAUGAAGCCUCAGCUGGAGCAGCCACCCUAUGAUUGGCUGUGGCGCUUGUGAACCCGAAGUAAAGAUGGCGGGCGGGCAGGCAGCCGCCGCACUGCCCACUUGGAAGAUGGCGGCUCGCCGCAGCCUCAGUGCCCGCGGCCGGGGGGUCCUGCAGGCAGCUGCGGGCCGGCUGCUGCCGCUGCUCCUGCUGAGCUGCUGCUGCGGCGCGGGCGGCUGCACAGCGGCCGGCGAGAACGAAGAGACCGUGAUCAUCGGGCUGCGGCUGGAGGACACGAACGACGUGUCGUUCAUGGAAGGGGGUGCGCUGCGGGUGAGCGAGCGGACCCGGGUCAAGCUGCGGGUGUACGGGCAGAACAUCAACAACGAGACGUGGUCCCGCAUUGCCUUCACCGAGCACGAGCGGCGCCGGCACACACCCGGCGAGCGCGGGCUGGGGGGCCCCGCGCCUCCGGAGCCGGACAGCGGCCCCCAGCGCUGCGGCAUCCGCACCUCAGACAUCAUCAUCUUGCCCCACAUCAUUCUCAAUCGCCGCACAUCGGGCAUCAUCGAGAUCGAGAUCAAACCGCUGCGCAAGAUGGAGAAGAGCAAGUCUUAUUACCUGUGCACGUCUCUCUCCACGCCCGCACUGGGCGCCGGCGGCUCCGGGUCCGCGAGUGGUGCCGUCGGGGGCAAGGGUGGCGCGGGGGUGGCCGGACUCCCGCCUCCCCCAUGGGCCGAGACCACCUGGAUUUACCACGACGGUGAGGACACCAAGAUGAUCGUGGGCGAGGAGAAGAAGUUCCUGCUGCCCUUCUGGCUGCAAGUGAUCUUCAUCUCGCUGCUGCUGUGUCUGUCAGGCAUGUUCAGCGGCCUCAACCUGGGGCUCAUGGCUCUGGACCCGAUGGAGCUGCGCAUCGUGCAAAACUGCGGCACCGAGAAAGAGAAGAAUUACGCCAAGCGCAUCGAGCCGGUGCGCAGGCAGGGCAACUACCUGCUGUGCUCGCUGCUGCUGGGCAAUGUGCUGGUCAACACCACGCUCACCAUCCUGCUCGACGACAUCGCGGGCUCAGGCCUUGUGGCGGUGGUGGUCUCCACCAUUGGCAUCGUCAUCUUCGGGGAAAUCGUGCCCCAAGCCAUUUGCUCCCGACAUGGCCUGGCAGUAGGGGCCAACACCAUCUUCCUCACCAAGUUUUUCAUGAUGAUGACCUUCCCCGCUUCUUACCCGGUUAGCAAACUGCUGGACUGCGUCCUGGGCCAGGAGAUAGGCACUGUCUAUAACCGGGAAAAACUGCUGGAGAUGCUCCGGGUCACUGACCCCUAUAACGACCUCGUUAAAGAGGAACUGAACAUCAUCCAAGGGGCUCUGGAGCUCCGCACCAAGACGGUAGAGGACGUGAUGACUCCCCUCCGGGACUGUUUCAUGAUCACCGGCGAGGCUAUCUUGGACUUCAACACCAUGUCCGAAAUCAUGGAGAGUGGCUACACGCGAAUCCCAGUGUUUGAGGGAGAGCGUUCCAACAUCGUGGACCUGCUCUUUGUCAAAGACUUGGCCUUCGUGGACCCAGAUGACUGUACUCCCUUGAAAACCAUCACCAAAUUUUACAACCACCCCUUGCACUUCGUCUUCAAUGACACCAAGUUGGAUGCUAUGCUGGAAGAAUUUAAGAAAGGUAAAUCUCACCUGGCCAUUGUGCAGCGGGUGAACAAUGAGGGUGAAGGGGACCCGUUUUAUGAAGUUCUGGGAAUUGUCACCUUGGAAGACGUGAUUGAAGAAAUUAUCAAAUCUGAAAUCUUGGAUGAGACAGACCUGUACACUGACAACAGAACGAAAAAGAAAGUGGCCCACCGUGAAAGAAAGCAAGAUUUCUCUGCCUUUAAGCAGACGGACAGCGAGAUGAAGGUUAAAAUAUCACCGCAGCUUCUCCUGGCCAUGCACCGUUUCCUAGCAACAGAAGUAGAAGCGUUUAGCCCAUCCCAGAUGUCAGAGAAGAUCCUCCUAAGGCUGCUAAAGCACCCCAAUGUCAUCCAGGAGCUGAAGUAUGAUGAGAAGAACAAGAAAAGCCCUGAGUGCUACCUCUACCAGCGCAACAAACCCGUAGACUACUUCGUCCUUAUCCUGCAGGGGAAAGUGGAAGUAGAAGCUGGGAAAGAAGGUAUGAAGUUUGAAGCAAGUGCUUUUUCAUACUAUGGUGUAAUGGCCCUCACAGCCUCUCCAGUUCCUUUGUCCCUGUCCCGAACCUUUGCUGUCAGCAGGACAGAGGUGUUAGCAGCAGGCUCUCCAGGUGAAAAUAAGUCACCUCCUCGCCCCUGUGGCCUGAACCACUCAGACUCUCUCAGCCGAAGUGACCGGAUUGACGCCAUGACACCAACCUUGGGGAGCAGCAACAACCAGCUCAAUUCUUCAUUCCUCCAGGUCUACAUCCCUGAUUACUCAGUGCGAGCCCUCUCUGACCUACAGUUUGUCAAGAUCUCCAGACAGCAAUACCAAAAUGCCUUGAUGGCAUCCCGGAUGGACAAAACCCCUCAGUCUUCAGACAGUGAAAACACUAAAAUUGAAUUGACUCUUACGGAGCUGCAUGACGGGCUGCCGGACGAGACGGCCAACUUGCUCAACGAACAGAACUGUGUAUCGCACAACAAGACCAACCACAGCUUGCACAGUGACGGCGCCAUCUAGAGCCCCUCGGUCCCCUCGUUCGGCCUCCUGGUCUGUUUGACCAUGACUUCCACUAGUGUGAGCUUGUCUGCCAUGCUGCGUCCUACAGCAUUGAGACCAAAGACUUUGCCCCUUUCCCUGGAGGCCGCCGAGGACGGCAAGCUGCGGAGGACAGCAUGGGUAGGGAUGGAAACUAGACACGUGACAUCGACAGCUGGGGCAUGGCUUUCAAGAAUUCGGAGACAAACUUCUGCCCAAAUAGAAUCAUGUUUAUUUUUUCAGUACCUUUUACCAUUUCCUUACUUCCUCAAUGUGCAUGAAUUUAAAAAUUACUUCGUUUAUUUUUUUUUCAAGAGAUCAUGUUUUUGUUUUUUAAGUAUCUUUUUGCAGAGUUUUAAGUUGGUCUGUCUGAGCUAGCUCUGCUGUGAUCCCAUGAUGUGACCCUAACAGAAUGGACUUGCCCCUUGAGUGGCCUUUCUUGGCCGUCCCUAGGAAGGAUACCUUUCCUCUGUGUGCCAGUGGGUGUCGCUGUCGAACUUGAUGGAUGGAUGAAGAAGACCAUGUCACUGAGGAGCGUGCCAAGUCUGUCGUCACUGUGGGUGUUGGCAGAAGCUGCAGACACCCCUGUGCAUAUAGUAUUUCGAAAAUAUGUUCAAUCGUGUCCCUUCCCUCAGGAAGGGUUGUUUUGCUUGGGAAUGUGAUUUUGCUCCCACCCUAAGGAACUUUUAUCACCAAAAUGAAUGUUAAUGAAUUUUAAACCCAUGGUUUAUCAUUGGCAAGAGGCAAGUUAACUUCAUCCACAGUCCUGUAACCUGGGGUGGUCUGGUGCAUCAGCUGAGCCACCCCACACCCUCUCGGCCCUCACUCUUGCUAAUCCAAGCCGCUGCUACAGGUGCCAAAUGGAAACUUUCCAUGGGGCUUGAACAUGUGGCAUGGCAGCUACGUUAGUUGCCUCUUUCCCAUGGGGAUCUAUGUGUUAUCGGAAUGAGGCAGGGGUGGGGUGGGGUGGAGAGUGUACUCGGGAAUUUCUAGACCCCCUGUUUUUAAUAGAAGGACAAGGGAUUGCCUGUCCCACCCCUCCUUCCAUAGAGCCAAGUGCCCCCUCUCAUCUUGUCCCUGGACUGUAGGGCCCAGAAGUGGCAGUGGUCCAGCAAAGAUGCCUCUUGCUUCAGAGGUGGUCAAUGCCAGAGAGGCUGUCAUACAGCCGGAGUCAGUUGGACCCCAAACAGAUCCAGAAACCAAAUGUGUGUUGUGAGCGUUUCAUGUAUGUCUCUGUCUUAUUUUAAUACCAAAUUUACCAUGUGUUGUGAAAUUCGCGCCAGCGGGUACUGUUUGGGUGACUGAAUCCUUAACUAGUUUGUUUUAAGUGGUUACCUGUGUUUGCUGGCAAUACUUAUACACUGAAAUGACCUCCUGACCAUAAUGUUCAAUAGGAUUCUCACUACCCAGGUCACGGCUGGAGAAGAGAGCCUUCCUGUGCCUGGGUUUCCUGCCCAGGGAACCCUAAAGCUCACCAUCAGCCUCCUCCCUCAGGUAGGAGGUCUGCUAACCCCAGGCUGGGCUCUGGGAGGGUAACAUGUUGGGUUAAUCUCCUUGUAAAUAGUUGGUGACUCUGGAAAACGUACAUGUGUGUGUGUGUGUGUGUGUGUGUGUGUGUGUGUGUGUGUGUGUGUGUGUAUAUGUGUGUGUGUGUGUGUGUGUGUGCGCGCGCGCGCGUGCGCGCGCGCUGGGAAUGGCACCCACGGCCUUGGGCGUGCUUGGCAAGUAGUCCUGACAGCUACACCUGGGUCUGGCUCUGGUGCCAUGUCCACUGACAGUGUUAGCCUGGGUGGAGGAGGUGGUCCUGGAAUGUUCUCAGAAGGUGCCAUGCCUGACAGAAGGGCUGGCUUCACUUAGUGGAGGGUCACUGGAGUGGCCUCUGAAGGAUCUGAGUGGACCUAGCCUGCCACUUUGGGAAAGGGUUCCUACCAUAUGGAACCCCGUACUGUGGCACCCCCUUUUCAGACACAUCCAAAUGAAAAAAAAAAAAAAAACAUUUACUAAGGACCAUAAUGUGCACAGAUGCAAACUCUCUCAGCUUGUCCAGGACCAGGGCCCCUCCCUGAGGCCUGGGGAGCCAGGAGCCCAGCACACGUGCCUCAGACAGCCUUGCUGCUGGAGGGGCCUCUGGGAGAGAAGCAUGCUUGGUCCCUUUUCAGAGCGGCACUGUUUGUAGACCCUAGAGAUGUGGGAGUCUAGGGAGCUGAGAGAUCAUAGUCACCACCAAGUGUGGCAGCUGACUGUAGAGUUCUCUUAGGAGCUGGGGAGCGUGGUUCUCAGAGACCGAGAUUGUAGCCAACCAGCUUUGUGUCCACUUCUCAUUAAUGAUCUAAUUACCUUGGAGUAGUUACUCAGUUCUAAUGACCAGGAAUUCAGAAUAGUUCCUCCCUGGUUCCUGGGUGCACAAGGUGAACUGGCUGUAGUUUCAGCUGCUCUGUGGAGAGUUCCCGACCUUCAAAAGGCUUGCGCUGAGUGAUCAGUUCUUCAGGUUCCCCCCUCUCCCCAGACUCCUUAGACAACUGAAGGAGACAGUGGCUCUCUGCCCCUCUGGGGCAGCAAAACUGUCUCGGCUAGGACGGGCAUAUGCAUACCAUCUGUGGCUGACCCCAUAGCUUCCCAUCCAGACAGGCACGUAAUGGAUUGGCCAUAUACAGGGUUCCUUCCUUACAAGGCUGCUGUAUGUGCAAACGUGGAGGUAAGGCAGGCAGGCCAGACUCGGGUUGCUGUGGGCCUACCCCCUGCUCCACAAUGGUAUCUGGAGCCACUGCCAGCCAGAGGACAGGGCAGCCUUGUGUCAGAUGUGGCUAGCACGGUCCCUUUAAGUCCUUCACUCUGCUGCCCUCUGUCAGGCAAGUCCAGACCCUGGUAAUUAAACUCUUGAGAAAGCAAUCCUGAAAACAUGAGUAUUGGGGUGCUAGUCAACUAGAUUAAACUGGUUCUUAAUUUGAAGGUGCCUCGUCUUUCAUACUCUGUAUGGGCGCAACUGACCUCACGUGAAGGGAGCUGAGCCACACACCACUUUCUCAUGUCAGCCCAGGAGACGUGUGCAGCGUUCAGUGCAGAACUUCACACGGAUACGGAACACUAACUGUGAAGUCCCUUGCCGCCCCCAGCUCUGUGCAGCUCAAGGACGAGCUUUUCCAAGCCUAGGAAAACAUGGCAGGUCCAAACGCAUUUCCCUUAAGAAAUGGAGCAAUGGGAUUUUAAGUUAAGCAGGGACCGUGAACUUCUGCCUCAAGUUAUUUGGGUAAAGGAGCAAAGCCAGUAGGUGCUGAGUGACUGAGCCUGUGUCCUGGCUAGUUACAAACUCAUGCAAGCACCUCUGUCCUCUGAAGGCUUCCAGGGAUCUGUGCCAUCACUGUGCCUGGACCCAGGGGAUGUCGUCUCCCAAGGGUGAACCUAGGCAGGUUGACUGGUACAGCGUACACACCUUGUUCCCGAGAGGGCUGACAACUUACAACACACCGUGUAGCCUAAACUCCCUGCUGCCCCAGAUGUGCUUUUCCUUUGAGGCAUGAGGUACGAGUGUGUCCUUUCUUAUGGGGGGAAUCAGGCUCCUUCCUGGGCUGUUUGCUUCCAUUCUGGGCCUAGGCUUGAGGUGCUUCUGCUCAAGGACUACUGGGUAAGUUGUAGGCUAGUCCAGAAUUGGGAGGAAUUUAGAGAUGUAUAGGGAAGUGACUGGGGGGGAGGGAGAGGAUGUGGAAGUUUUUACCAUACAAAUCUAUCAAUGAGCAACCUACUCAGUGGAUUUUUAGACCUCAGGGCCAUUUACUUGUGUCUGAGUGGCUGAUGGGGAAGAUGAACUCACUGAGGUUCACUUGCUUCCACCUGAGGGAUGAGUAGCGCUCCAAGGCUGAGCCUGCCGUCAGCUAGUCUCAAAGCUGGGGUGAGCAGUCUUCUUCCUCCUGGAAUCAAUGCUAACUUCCUGGCUUUCCUUCUGGGGAGUCCUGUUACCCACCAGUCAGGAAGAGGGGCAGUCUUUCACAGCAGCUAGUGGGCAGCAGGGCAUCUGUUUCUUGGUUCCCUGUGGCUGACAUAGCUCAGGCAACCUUUCUAUACCAGAGCCAUUGGGACAUCUCAACUGCGAUUGUUUUAAACGCCUUUUGAUGGGGAAUGCCAGGCAGUACUUGAAGCAUUAUCAAAAUGGCAGUAGAGUCAGGUUCCAGGUGUUUGUGUGCACACAGCUGUGGGUCAACAGACGAGGGUGACUGGGUACUGUCUAGCCUCUCCUGGAAAGGCACCUUCUGAUGCUGCUCACAUCUGAUCCACAUGUAUUUACUUAGGGGGCUGGAUUCUUGCAGAAUCUCUCUACAGAAAACUAUCAAAGGGACCUAGUAGACCCGAGUGCCUGCUCCUCUUGGUGACUCAGGUUUCUUCCAUACAAACAGCUGGGCCCCUAGAACAGAGGGAAGUGGGGAGGAGUGAUCUCUAGACGACCCCGCCUAGCUUCCCUUCCGAUUCACUACCACCCAUGCCCGGUCUACUGUGAACAGUCUAUCAAUCCAUUGACUUUUCUUAUUUUUGCAGUCCUUUAAAUCCACAAAUGUAUAUGCUUUGUUUUAUAUUAUUUAUUAUGUACAUAUGUCUCUACUGUUAGUAUACCAUCUGUGAUUAAGACACUGUUUUGAAGCCCCUCAUCCAUGGAGCCUAGGGUUCUGUUGUCCCUUAUUGGGUGAGAGGGUGGUGAUUUUUUUUUAAGGAAAAAAAAAGACUGUACUGCUGCUCUUUCUCUGGCUUCUCUCAUUGCCCUACCCCAACCCACUCCUGACGGCCAGUAUCUGGGAGGUAGGUGGAGGCAGAGCUUCUCACGACUUCACGAGUUACUGCGGAAAUGGUUUCUUCCCUGUGUGGUGGUAGCUGGGGCUCCUUCCUCAUCACUCCCAAGCCAGAUCUGUUUCCUAGUCCCAAAAUGAAGGCCUCUACUUCUCACCUAGGAUUGCAGAACCUGGAUCAUGGAAGCUGCCUGCCCUUUUAGGUUCUGAGCAUGUCUCUUCCUGGUGUCAUGGCCCAGUUACCAACAUCCCCUUGGGCCUAAAGCCAGCUCAGCUUUGUCUGAUGGUCCCACCUUAGCUGCACCCACUGCUUCAUGGUAUACAUUUCAUGCACUUGAGCAGUGGCAUCAAUGGAAAGCUAAACAAGCACAGGUCACGUGCAGGCUUCACAAGCUGUCAUGAUGGACACGUUUAUAAUUCCAAUGUUGUAGAUUUACAAUACCUAUUUAUUUUGUACCAAUUUAUUUGUAAAUCUUGUGAUUGUUUUUAAAGGUUUUGUUUAUUUCUGUUCUAUUUAGAUAAAUGGUUUUCUGUUCACCUGCA